UAUUUACAAUACAUGCAGAAACGUUUCAAACGUUUAAGAAGGAUACAAGAGGAGGAGAGCGAUGGAGAUGAUGAUCACGUUGACGAAGGCCUGGCUAGGGAAGCUAUAGCAGAGCAACUUUUCGACGACGACGAGAACGCUGAGAGGCAAUCUGAAAAAAGCAAUAGAGAACCCGAAAAUUUCGAAGAAGACGAGGAAGAAACGGAUUCUGAUGCUGAUGAUUUUAUUGUAGAUGAUGAAGGAAGACCUAUUGCAGAGAAGAAGAAAAAACGGAAGCCGAUAUUUACAGAUGCGUCUCUUCAAGAAGGUCAAGAUAUUUUUGGUGUAGAUUUUGAUUAUGACGACUUUUCCAAAUAUGAAGAAGACGAAUACGAAGAUGAUUCAGAAGGAGAAGAAUAUGACGACGAAGCGGGGGAUGAUGAUCGGGGUAGAGUGAAGAAAAAAACAACCAAGAAGUUACCGAAGAAAACAAUAUUUGAUUUGUAUGAACCAAGUGAGUUAAAAAGAGGUCACUUCACAGAUCUUGACAAUGAGAUUCGGAAAACUGAUAUCCCUGAACGAAUGCAGUUAAGACAAGUUCCUGUAGUUCCCGUUCCUGAAGGUUCUUCCGAACUAGAUAAUGAAGCAGAAUGGAUAUAUAAGCAAGCGUUUUGUAAACCUACCGUAUCACAGCAUGAUAAUAAUGACAAGAGUCGAGAAAUUAACAGGAAGCCCCCAAGUACAGUAGGAAAGAUAAAACAAGCCUUAGAAUUCAUAAGAAAUCAACAAUUGGAAGUACCCUUCAUAUCAUUUUAUCGUAAGGAAUACGUAAAACCUGAACUAAACACAGACGAUUUGUGGAAAGUAUAUUACUUCGAUGAACGUUGGUGUCAACUGCUAAAUAGAAAGAAUAAAUUAUUAAUUCUUUUUGAAAAAAUGCGAAAUUAUCAAAUAAACGAAAUUAUGAAAAAAUCUGAUUCCGAUUUACCGGAGGACAUUCGAGUUCUUAAGGAUGAUGACUUUGAACGUCUGCGGGAUGUACAAACUAUGGAAGAAUUAAAAGACGUGCAUUUACAUUUUCUUUUGUACUAUUCCCAUGAGAUACCUAAAAUGCAAGAGGAAGAACGAAAAAAGGAACGGGAACAAAAAAAACAACAAAGAAUGGAAAAACGCAGACAACAUUUAGAAGACGGUGGGGAUAUACAAGAUUCCGAGCACAUUUCCGACGAAGAAGACAGUGAUGAAUUAAAUGUACAAGAAGAACACUUAAAACAAGCUAAGGACUCGGGUCCGUAUGCUAUGUGUCGUAAGGCUGGUAUAUGUGGUUUUGCAAAACAUUUCGGAUUGCAACCCGAACAAUUUGCCGAAAAUAUCCGCGAUAGUUACCAGCGUCAUGAAGUUGAACAAGAAGUAAUAAGUCCAUCAGAUCUUGCAAGACAAUACUUAUGUCCAAAGUUCAUGACAAUAGAUGAAGUAAUUCAUGCAGCUAAAUUCGUUGUUGCAAGACAACUGUCAAAAGAACCUCUCCUUCGAAAAACAAUUCGUGAAGUAUAUUUUGAACGGGCAAAAAUUAACGUACGGCCAACCAAGCAGGGAAUAAAAGAGAUUGAUGAAAAUCAUCCGUGCUACCCUAUGAAAUAUUUAAAAAAUAAACCAAUCCGAGAUCUUAUUGGCGAACAAUUCCUUAGACUUUUUAUGGCAGAAGAGGACAAUCUUUUAAUUCUAAAUAUUGCCGAGGAAAUUGAAGGUAACACGUCUGGAUCUUAUAUAGAAGAAGCAAAACAACUUUACCAACGUGAUGAGUUUUCGAAAACUGUUCAAGAGUGGAAUACGCUUCGUGGCGAAUGUGUUGAGUUGGCGCUUAGAAAAAUGGUGAUACCUGAUUUAAAAAAAGAAUUAAAAAGAAUAGUUCUUACAGAAGCCAAAGAUUUUGUACUUAGAACAUGCUGUAAAAAAUUGUCAAACUGGUUGAAAGUGGCACCAUUUAGACCUGAUUUUUCAGAUGAAUAUACAUUUGAUGAUUGGGGUUCGACAAAAGGCAUUCGUUCCUUAGGACUUGCAUAUGUCCCGGAUUAUUCGCAGGCUGCAUUUUGUGCAAUUACAACACCGGAAGGAGAUGUAAGCGAUUACUUAAGACUGCCUCAUAUUUUAAAAAGAAAAUCUUCUUAUAGAUCAGAAGAAAAAGCUUUAAAAUUAUCAGAUUUGAACAAUUUAAAAGAGUUUAUACGGAGUAAAAGGCCACAUGUAAUAGCUAUUGGAGGAGAGUCCAGAGAGGCACAAAUGAUUCAAUCUGACAUUCAAGAAAUUAUUAAAGAAUUAAUGGAGGAGGACCAGUUUCCGAAUAUUGCAGUGGAAAUAAUUGAUAAUGAACUAGCAAAAAUAUAUGCGAAUUCACAAAAAGGGGCAUCUGAUUUUAAGGAAUAUCCAACAUUACUCAAACAAGCUGUUUCUCUCGCACGUAAAAUACAAGAUCCACUUUUAGAGUACUCUCAACUCUGCGGGCCUGACGAAGAAAUUUUAUGCUUGCGUUACCAUUCUUUGCAAGAUCAAUUGUCGAAGGAAGAACUAUUAGAGCACCUUUAUAUAGAAUUCAUUAACCAAACCAAUGAGGUGGGCGUGGACAUAAAUAUGGCUGUACAAAAUUCAUAUACAUUAAAUUUAGUACAAUUCAUAUGUGGACUCGGCCCUAGAAAAGGUCUGGCGUUAAUUAAGAUUCUUAAACAGUCAAAUCAGAGAUUAGAGAACAGAACGCAGUUAGUAACAUUGUGUCACUUAGGGCCCAAAGUUUUUAUAAACUGUUCGGGAUUUAUAAAAAUUGACACGAGUUCUCUUGGUGAUAGUACCGAGGCUUAUGUGGAAGUUCUGGAUGGUUCAAGAGUACAUCCUGAAACAUACGAAUGGGCUCGGAAAAUGGCAAUAGAUGCGAUGGAAUAUGACGACGAAGAAACCAAUCCCGCCGGAGCUUUAGAAGAAAUAUUGGAGAGCCCAGAAAGACUUAAAGACCUUGAUCUUGAUGCAUUUGCUGUAGAACUUGAACGUCAAGGGUUUGGAAAUAAAAGCAUUACACUUUACGAUAUAAGAUCCGAAUUGAAUUCAUUGUACAAGGAUUUUAGGGUUCCAUAUCGUUCUGCCAAUUCUGAGGAGCUUUUCGAUAUGUUAACGAAAGAAACACCUGAAUCAUUUUAUGUUGGAAAAAUGGUGUUAGCGACCGUGGCUGGGAUUUCUCAUCGGAAGCCCCAAGGGGAACAAUUGGAUCAAGCAAAUCCUGUUCGAAAUGAUGAAACUGGUAACUGGCAAUGCCCCUUUUGUUUAAAAGACGAUUUUCCUGAAUUAUCGGAAGUGUGGAAUCACUUUGAUGCGGGUGCGUGUCCCGGUCAGGCCACUGGUGUAAAACUUCGUCUAGACAAUGGUUUAUCAGGUUUUAUACAUAUUAAAAAUUUAUCAGAUAAGCACGUGAAAAAUCCGGAAGAACGAGUACAAUCUGGGCAAGCAAUUCAUGUAAGAAUUAUUAAAAUAGAUGUUGAUCGUUUUUCAGUAGAUUGUUCAUCAAAGAGUUCAGAUUUAAUGGAUAAGAAUCAUGAAUGGAGGCCUAGACGAGAUCCUUUCUAUGAUUAUGAACAAGAAGAAUUUGACAAUAGCAAAGAGAAAGACCAGAAACAAGUCAAAACAAAGCAACAAUAUGUAAAACGUGUAAUAAUACAUCCUUCCUUUCAUAACAAAUCAUAUGCGGAAGUGGUAAAAAUAAUGGAAAACAUGGAUCAAGGUGAAGUGAUUGUUCGUCCAUCGAGCAAAGGUUCGGAUCACUUAACGGUAACGUGGAAAGUCACAAACGAUAUUUACCAACACAUAGAUGUGCGCGAAGAAGGUAAAGAAAAUGCAUUUAGUCUAGGUCAAAGCUUGUGGAUUGGAAAUGAGGAAUUUGAAGAUCUCGAUGAAAUUAUAGCAAGACAUGUCAAUCCUAUGGCAGCUUGUGCGCGAGAACUACUUACUUAUAAGUACUAUCGUGACACAGGAGGUGGGCUUAAAGAUAAAAUGGAAGAAUUGUUAAAAGAAGAAAAGAUCAAAGACCCCAGAAAAAUACACUAUUUUAUUUCGGCAUCUAAAAAUUAUCCUGGAAAGUUUUUGCUAUCAUAUUUACCCAAAAACAAAUGUCGACAUGAAUACAUUACUGUAGUCCCCGAAGGAUUCCGUUUCAGAGGGCAAAUUUUUGAUUCUUUAAACGGCUUACUUAAAUGGUUUAAAGAUCAUUAUUCUGAUCCUAUAAUAUCUAAUACACCCGUAUCUACUUCGCAUCUUAAUUCAGUCUCAAGAUUGAGCAACAGUGGGUAUGACACUCCUCGAGUAACUGAUUCAAGAUCUUCGCAACAAUUACCACAAAGCGUUUCUGCGCAUACACCUCAUUUUUCAAGUACACCAGGAUAUCAUGGAGGAUAUGUGAAUACCCCAUAUACUCCAAGUGGCCAAACUCCGUUUAUGACUCCAUAUACCACUCCCCACUCGACUCAAACUCCGCGUUACGGUAGUAGUACGCCUAGUCCAAGCUCUUCGACUUCACAUUUGACAUAUGGCCACCAAUCACAUAAUAGCAGAAAUUCAAAAGAAGCUGGUUACGGUAAUGCACAAAGAUAUGACAAAAAUCAUCGAACACAACGAACGAACGAAAGUCUAGAAUGGCAGAUUGCAUCAGAUUCAUGGGCUAGGCGGAAACGGGUUAAUCCUGCUAUGCCUCAGAGUAGGCACGAUUCAGUGAGAGCGGCAAAUUAUUGUAUGCCUCCACCAAACAUUGAAUACUCUCAACCAACACCCCAAUACGGAGAGGAAAAUCGAAUUAGACCUCCACAAGAUUAUCAAAGAAGUCCUAGGUCUAUUCGAAGCACUCCCCGUACGAAUACCUCACCACAUUCUAUGAAUUUAGGUGAUUCUACUCCAUUAUAUGAUGAAAACUGAAUUGUAUCAAAUAAAGUAACAUA